CCACGCCACGAUCCCAUUUUUAAUUCGCAGCUCAAGUACAAAAGGCGCGUCUACAAGAUGCUGCACCUGGAUGAAAAACAGUUGAAGGCGAUGCACACGAGGACAAACUUGCGAAGGUUGCUGGAGUACGUGGCAAACAGCCAAGUGGAGAAGAUCGCCAAGAUGUGCAGCAAGGGUCUGGAUCCUAAUUUCCACUGCCAGGAAACCGGAGAGACUCCGCUCACGUUGGCCACCACGCUGAAGAAGCCCUCGAAGGUGAUAAUAGCACUGGUGAACGGUGGCGCGUUGCUCGAUUAUCGAACGAAGGAGGGCCUGACGGCGAUGCAUCGGGCCGUCGAGCGGAACAGCCUGGAAGCGGUGAAGACGUUGCUCGAGCUGGGCGCGAGCCCCAAUUACAAGGACACGAAGGGGUUGACGCCGCUCUACUACAGCGUCAUCUACAAAACCGACCCGAUGCUGUGCGAAACGUUGCUCCACGACCACGCGACCAUAGGCGCCCAGGAUUUGCAGGGAUGGCAGGAAGUGCACCAGGCCUGCCGCAACAACCUGGUCCAACACCUGGAUCACUUGCUUUUUUACGGCGCCGACAUGAACGCGCGUAACGCGUCCGGCAACACGCCGUUGCACGUUUGCGCGGUGAACAACACGGACUCCUCUUGCAUACGCCAGUUGCUGUUCAGAGGCGCGCAGAAGGACAGUCUGAAUUACGCGAACCAGACGCCCUACCAGGUUGCGGUGAUCGCUGGGAACAUGGAGCUGGCCGAGGUGAUCAAGAAUUAUCAGCCGGAAGAAGUUGUACCGUUUAAAGGGCCGCCACGCUACAACCCGAAACGGCGCUCGGUGGCGUUCGGAGGCACGAUGACCACCAGCUGCUCGGCCACUAACCUGGGCACCCUCACCAGGAUACCGUCCGCCGAACAGCAACACGCCGCUGGAGGAGGAGGAGGAGGAGGAGGAGGAGGAGGAGGAGGUAGCCUGACCAGAACGAUCUCGGUGGAGCAGUACGCGGUGACGAGAGUGCCGUCCGCCGAGCAAUACGCGACCAGAGUACCGUCCACGGAGCAAUACGCCGCCAGCCCGAAUACCGCGAGGGACCACCACCAAUACGCCGGUACGCUCACCAGAGUGCCGUCCGCCGACCAAUAUCCGACCGGCACCCUAACCAGAAUACCGUCCGCCGAGCAGUACGCGAACAGCGCCGCACGUGUACUACCACCACCGUCCAUCGAGGCAACGAGCAGGAACGAGCAGCUACAGCAGAGAAUAGCGCCGUCCGAGAACGGCCGAGGGAUCGCGGACUACCAGAGCCCCAAUUCGCUGAGGGAUCCUAACGCGAGAUUACCAGCGGAGAACUAUCAGAACGUAAGAAUGGAGGGGCUGACGAGGCUGCAAGAACACCGGCUCGAGCUUCAACACCGUCUCGACAUGCACAGAACUAUGGAGAUGCCGCCCUCGCCCUCGCCGAGCAGCAGGAGUCUAGCUCCUUUCAGCUCGGCCAGCUCGAGCCUGUCCGAGGGCAGCAAUCAACCGUCCGGCGAAGAUUCCGCCAGCAUCGUCACAGACAAGAGUCUCGGCGAUACAGCUUCCGACGUGAUUAGCGAUAGUUCAGGGGUGGGGACCUCGCAGUCGGACACUACCAAUUCCCUGUCGAUACCGGGGACCACGGUUGUCUGCGUCGAGAGUUAUAACAGCGGAAUACUAGGCCAUCUGAAUAUCAAUCAAGGAGAUAUCUUGGAAGUGACCGGGGCGACCGAUUGCGGCCUUCUCGAGGGUGUGCUUCGAGGACAGGGCACGGGUCUGUUCCCGGCGCACUGCGUGCAAGAGGUCAGGCUUCGCCACACCAACAUUCCAUUGGGCCCCCAGCCUGCGAGGGACGGCCGGAACAGGGUGUUGGGUCGUAGAGAAUCGCAACAUAAGUAUUUCGCUACCGCUCCUAGAUUGAAGAAACCAGUUACGUCGGAGCCACGCACCGUGGUCCUGCAUCGUUCGAGAAAGGGUUUCGGAUUCGUGUUACGAGGCGCCAAGGCGACCUCGCCUUUGAUGGAGUUGACGCCUUCGGCCAGGUACCCGGCCUUGCAGUACCUGGACGACGUGGAUCAAGGAGGAGUGGCGGAUCUGGCCGGUCUUCGAAAAGGGGAUUACCUUAUCCAAAUCAACGGCGAGGACGUGACAACGGCGUCGCACGAGCACGUAGUCGACUUGAUACGAAAAUCGGGGGAGUUGGUUCGUAUGACGGUGGUCUCGCCGGUGAUCAGCCUCCCGAACUCGCAAUCGGCUGCUCUUCUCCCAACUAGUCAACCGAUUCAGAGACAGUACGCGACCCUCCCCCGAAAAGGUAACAACAACGUGGCGAUCGGCGGCACGCUCGGCAGAUCGCCUGCCCCCAUGCCGCCCCGAAGGGAUCCAAAGACGACGCUGAGCGUUGGCCGGGCGCGAGCAAGAUCGAUGGUAGCUGGAUUAGAAGGUGGUGGGGAGAGAGACGAUCGCGACGAGAUCACGUCGACGGGUGCCAAAUCGAGUAGCGCGGAAUCGAUCCAUCUUCCCCAGCAGCCGUCCACCGGACCCAACACUGGGCAAAACACGCCGGUACAGCCGAGAACGGCCAGUAUUCGAUCGAGGCCUACCUCCAGUAGGAUCACUGCCGCGGAGCUGGAGGAACUAUUUCAGCGGCAGCAAGGUAGUGCCAGUGGUCAGUACAGCUCGUCCAUGAUGAGCUCUCACUUUCAAACUGGUCAAGCUACCAAGUCGCAUCCCUCCUCGCCCGCAAAGACCGGCAGGGUAUACGCGAGCGUAGCGGAAAUGAAACGCAAAGGCAAAUUGAACUCGAGGGUGCGAUUCUUCGGUGGAUUGGGCGGUGGUUCCGAUCUUCAUCGAGACUUUCACAGUACGCCGGACUUGAAUGUGCAGGUGCAGUCGUCUAUUUUAGCACCGAAAGGGCACAGAAGCCAAGAGGACGUGAACGCGUUGAAUGGAAGAAACGGGCUUCCACCACCGAACCAUCCGCCACCUCCGCCACCUGUCGGCCAAGUCGUCAAAGUAAACGUGGGCGCCAACGUGCCGGAUGUAGUCACACCGGCCUCUGUCUACGAUAACAUGGCUCACAUACAACAAGUCAAAGAGUUGGCAGCCGCGACAGUGGAUGGAAGUUACGGCGUGAUGUCGAGUUUCCGACCUUCGAACAGCGCGAAACUGUACGCCUCGCCGGAAGACAUGAAGACGGUUGGGUAUCGCUCCCGUAGCCUGCCGGCUCACACGACCCGUUGUCACGUGAGAAAGUCGCACAGCUUGCGCACUACCAACAACACCACGUUCAAACCGUUGAACAACCAGCAGAACGUGAGCAACGCGGUGAGCAACAACAACCAAGUGAACAACAAUCAGUCGGCCAACAACCAAUACGCCCAACCAUUGAAGACGAAUAGAAGUCACAGCACGAUCGGUAUCAGGGAGAGAAAGAAGAAGGGUAUCAGCACCAGUUCCUCGAUCACGAAUCUCUCGUCCGUGGCCAACAACAACGCCGGGAACACGGUGGUGACGUCGAGCGCGGCGCCACCUAUCCCAGAGCCGGAUUACAGCCUUUCCGAGUCGGAGAACGACGAGGGCGAGGAGGAGACGGACGACGACGGGGAAUCGGAGAUCGCGAAGGAAUUGGAGAAAGCGGCCGCGAGGGAGAAGUUGGAAUCCACUCGAGAAACGUCGGGCAACUCGAACACUUCCGGCUCGAGCUCGUCCGGUAGCAGUUCGUUGCCCCACUCUUUCAGCGUGGAAGAGAUUCAGAAGGUGAGGACGCAGUUGAAGUCUUCGAAAAGUCAUCCGAACGAUUUUCUGCUGCAACAAACCCAGCAAUCCCUGGCCGAGGAUGGUGACAAUAGCUCGAGUGGGGUGAGCUCCGAUCAAGACGUGCCGGUAGGCCCGCCGACGGGUUUCGACGACACCACCGCGAGAAAUCUUGCCAACGAGGCCGCACAGCAUCCUGCCACGGUACUCUCCGUGACCAGUGUCGAAAAGGAGGCCAAUCCGAAGAGGACGAGCUACGGUGGCAGUGGAUUAUUGACGCGACACGCUGUCAGCUUGGCCCAAUUACCACCACCGAUCGAGGCGGAUGCCGAGGAGCAGAGCAACGACCUGUUCGUACCACCGCCACCGGAGUUCAACGCGGGACCGUCUGCCGGGAACGGGGACGAGUUGGUAUUUGCCCCACCACCUCAAUUCUGCGACAACAAACAGCAAGCGCAACAACAACAACAACAACAGCAACAACAACCGCAACAGAAUCGCGUUAAGAUCAUCGGGGCGAUACCGAAAGUUAGCAACAAUCAAGUAAAAGCUUCCGGCGGACGAUUGCAUAAUCAGUGAGGAAAUAAUGGUUGCGAACGAUCGCCGAUGAACGGACGCGUUCGGGUCCCGUGAUCGUUGGUUCGAUCACGAUCUGUCAGAGUCAAUUUAAUCUUUCCGUAAUUAAAUCUUUUUCUCCAUCCGAGAUAAUUGUGCACACAGCGCGUGACGUAUACUGAAUAUCAUCUGUUCCGUCAUUCGGCCGAAAACGAGUUAAACGAAAACCUAUACGCACGAUGCGAUUAUUUGCAAUACAAUUUUUUCACCAAUAAUAUUUGUGGGGCAAUUUUUUUUAACGAAACAAACAAACGCGCGCGUCGUCCCUAUCGCAACUUUGACCCAUAUUUCGAUCGAGCGUCGUUUCGCCGUUGCUCUGUCAAGCGUCUGCGGUAGCCAAGUGAACGAUGUAUUCAGUGAAUUUUUACCGUAAAACUUAGAAUAUGAAUCGUACGAACCGCAGAUACGUUUAGAUUUAAAAAGUCGUGCGUGCAAUGCUUUCUACUUGCGAAAUGAUAUAGAACCACAUUCGUAAAUGUCAAAAUACUAUAAAUGUCUCGUGGAAUGGCCUAAGAGGUGAACGAGAGAAAAAAAGAUCUAUAUACCGUACUGUAGUUCGUAAUUAGAGAGAAAAAAAAAAGUAUGCGAGUAACACUGAGAGAGAGAGAGAGAGAGAGAGAGAGGCAGAGACACAGAAUAAAAAACAAAAAAGUAAGAAUAGUUAUAUGAGAUGCGUGUGCAUGUAUGCGAAUGUGCGUGUGUGUAAGAAACGUAGAGAAUGAAUGUAUAGCGUAUAUCGGUUUGUUUUUCAUAUUUCUAAAGAAGUACGACGCGUGUUUAAUACUUUUACAUGUAACGAUCUUUAUCCUUAAAUGCCAUCAACUUCUCUCAUUCCAUCGUAUAAGAACA